CGCAGAGGAGGGUCAGGAAGAAGGUGCAAGGAUUGGGACUGCUCGCAGGUGUUAAGACUUCUUGAAAACAUCUGUCGGCUGUGCCUGGGGCCCAGGGACAAAGCGGCAGCGGGAGCGGGGCAGGAACAACCCAGUAGUGGCUCAGAGAGAUGGUGUGAUUUACACGUAUUUCAGUGUGAAGGUCUCUGUGCUGUGACUUGGUGUCAGAGGUUUACAAGCUGGUUCCAAAGCAUUCCAAGCAUCCCCUGAACAAUUCAAGUGAGUGGUGUGUGUUUAUUGGAUAUGUAGGAGUCUACAGAACAUCUUCAUGGAUUCUAAUGCUGACAUCAGCGCAAGAAGAGUAUUAGGAAUGGACUGGCUCUGGAUGGUCUGCUUAUUUCAUCUAGUUGCUUCACUAGAAGAAAUACUUCUGGACACAACUGGAGAAACCUCAGAGAUUGGCUGGACCUCUCACCCUCCUGAUGGGUGGGAAGAAGUAAGUGUCCGGGAUGAUAAGGAGCGCCAGAUCCGAACCUUUCAAGUUUGUAACAUGGAUGAACCGGGUCAGAAUAACUGGUUGCGUACUCACUUCAUUGAGCGACGCGGAGCCCACCGAGUCCAUGUCCGCAUCCAUUUCUCUGUGAGAGACUGUGCCAGCAUGCGUACUGUGGCCUCUACUUGCAAAGAGACUUUCACACUUUACUACCACCAGUCAGAUGUUGACAUAGCCUCUCAGGAAUUGCCAGAGUGGCAUGAAGGCCCCUGGACCAAGGUGGAUACUAUUGCAGCUGAUGAAAGCUUUUCCCAAGUGGACAGAACUGGGAAGGUAGUAAGGAUGAAUGUUAAAGUACGUAGCUUUGGGCCACUCACAAAACAUGGCUUCUACCUGGCCUUCCAGGACUCAGGAGCCUGCAUGUCCCUGGUGGCAGUCCAAGUCUUUUUCUACAAGUGUCCAGCUGUGGUGAGAGGAUUUGCCUCCUUCCCUGAAACUUUUGCUGGAGGAGAGAGGACCUCACUGGUGGAGUCACCAGGGACGUGUGUAGCGAAUGCUGAAGAGGCAAGCACAACUGGGUCUUCAGGUGUUCGGUUGCACUGCAAUGGAGAAGGAGAGUGGAUGGUGGCCACUGGACGAUGCUCUUGCAAGGCUGGUUACCAAUCUGUUGGCAGUGAACAAGCUUGUCAAGCCUGUCCCAUUGGUUCCUUUAAAGCAUCUGUGGGAGAUGACCCUUGCCUUCCCUGCCCUGCUCACAGCCACGCUCCACUGCCAGGUUCCACUGAAUGUGUGUGCCAGAAUCACUACUACCGAUCUGCUUCUGACAAUUCUGAUGCUCCCUGCACUGGCAUCCCUUCAGCUCCCCGUGACCUCAGCUAUGAAAUUGUUGGCUCCACUGUGCUCCUGACCUGGCGCCUCCCCAAGGACUUGGGUGGCCGCAAGGAUGUUUUCUUCAAUGUCAUCUGCAAAGAAUGCCCAGCGAGGUCAGCAGGGACAUGUGUGCGCUGUGGGGACAAUGUACAAUUUGAACCACGCCAAGUGGGCCUGACAGAAAGUCGUGUACAAGUCUCCAACCUAUUGGCCCGUGUGCAGUACACUUUUGAAAUCCAGGCUGUCAAUUUGGUGACUGAGUUGAGUUCAGAAGCACCCCAGUACGCUACCAUCAACGUUAGCACCAGCCAGUCAGUGCCCUCCACAAUCCCUAUGAUGCAUCAGGUGAGUCGUGCUGCCAGUAGCAUCACACUAUCUUGGCCUCAGCCAGACCAGCCCAAUGGGGUUAUUCUGGAUUACCAGCUACGGUACUUUGACAAGGCAGAAGAUGAGGAUAAUUCAUUUACUUUGACUAGUGAAACUAACAUGGCCACUGUAUUGAACCUGAGUCCAGGCAGGAUCUAUGUCUUCCAAGUACGAGCUAGAACAGCAGUGGGUUAUGGCCCAUACAGUGGAAAGAUGUAUUUCCAGACUUUAAUGGGAGGAGAGCACUCGGAGAUGGCACAGGACCGACUGCCACUCAUUGUGGGCUCAGCACUUGGUGGUCUAGCCUUCUUGGUAAUUGCUGCCAUUGCCAUUCUUGCCAUCAUCUUCAAGAGUAAAAGACGAGAGACUCCAUACACGGACCGCCUGCAGCAGUAUAUCAGUGCACGAGGACUGGGAGUGAAGUAUUACAUUGAUCCUUCUACUUAUGAAGAUCCCAAUGAAGCUAUUCGAGAGUUUGCCAAGGAGAUUGAUGUAUCCUUCAUCAAAAUUGAGGAGGUCAUUGGAUCAGGAGAAUUUGGAGAGGUGUGCUUUGGGCGCCUAAAACACCCAGGGAAACGUGAAUACACAGUAGCUAUUAAAACCCUGAAGUCAGGUUAUACUGAUGAACAGCGUCGAGAGUUCCUGAGCGAGGCCAGCAUCAUGGGGCAGUUUGAGCAUCCCAAUGUCAUCCACCUGGAGGGCGUGGUCACCAAAAGCCGACCAGUCAUGAUUAUCACAGAGUUCAUGGAGAAUGGAUCACUGGAUUCCUUCCUCAGGCAGAAAGAGGGACAGUUCAGUGUGUUACAGCUGGUGGGAAUGCUACGAGGGAUUGCAGCAGGCAUGCGCUACCUUUCAGACAUGAACUAUGUGCAUCGUGAUCUUGCAGCACGUAACAUCUUAGUCAACAGUAACCUUGUAUGCAAAGUGUCAGACUUUGGUUUGUCCCGCUUUCUGGAAGAUGAUGCUUCAAAUCCCACUUAUACUGGAGCUCUGGGUUGCAAAAUCCCCAUCCGUUGGACUGCCCCUGAAGCUGUCCAGUAUCGCAAGUUCACAUCCUCCAGUGAUGUCUGGAGCUAUGGCAUUGUCAUGUGGGAGGUGAUGUCCUAUGGAGAGAGACCUUACUGGGAGAUGUCCAACCAGGAUGUAAUUAAUGCAAUUGACCAGGACUAUCGCCUGCCACCACCCCCAGACUGCCCAACUGUUUUGCAUCUGCUGAUGCUUGACUGCUGGCAGAAGGAGCGAGUCCAGAGACCAAAAUUUGAACAAAUAGUCAGUGCUCUAGAUAAAAUGAUUCGCAAGCCAUCUGCUCUCAAAGCCACUGGCACUGGGAGCAGCAGACCAUCUCAGCCUCUCCUGAGCAACUCCCCUCCAGAUUUUCCUUCACUCAGCAAUGCACACGAGUGGUUGGAUGCCAUCAAGAUGGGUCGUUACAAGGAGAAUUUUGACCAGGCUGGUCUGACUACAUUUGAUGUCGUAUCACGCAUGACUCUGGAAGAUCUCCAGCGUAUUGGAAUCACCCUGGUUGGUCACCAGAAAAAGAUUCUGAACAGCAUCCAGCUCAUGAAAGUUCAUUUGAAUCAGCUUGAACCAGUUGAAGUGUGAUGCCUUAAGUCUCUGUAUUUCACCUGACUCAAUUCUGAGAGAGUUCUGAGGGGAUUCAGAGGGCUAGUCACUGUAAGAAAAGGAAAUGGCAAAAUGCUCCUUGAAGACUUACUGAGCCUAGAGAGUAGAUAUUACAUGUUCCCUUCCAUCAGCAAAAAGAGAAUCUUGCCAUGAUUUGAAAGCAGAGGUAAAUAGCUGGUGAUGUUUAAGUAUGGCUGGCAUCAUACACUAGGAGUAGAUCAGGGGAGGGAAAGUUAACUGUAAUGCAGCAUGGAGCUGGUAUAAUAGUUUGGACAGACCACAAAAAUCUGAAGCUCUUCUCCACUAACUAAAAAUAUCAGACAAUUCUCCAGUGCCAUGAGCAGGCUUUAUCUAUGACUGGGAACUCAGCAAACUGGUAAAGACAUAAUAAAGGCCACAAAGAAUAUCAGCACAUUGUGAGAGAUUAUCGCUCGGCUGGAAACGGACACCACUUGGUAUGCCAGAUUUGUGAGAAACUGGACUUCCACGUAGUGCACAGUACUAUGAGAUAUGUCGCCUGGUAAUUUUUACAGAGGUUGAGAGUAAAGGGAUUAAAAUUCUGUGCUAUAACAUAUGCAGUUCUUGGGUCUGUCCCAUGAUCCCGAAGGGAAGUUUACUCCAUUGUGCUGAGGCAAGGAACAGCAAAACUUAGAGCUGCAUAGCAUCUGUCUAUGGGAGUGUAAACAGAAUAAAAUAAUAAGGGCUCUUAGAAUCCAUCCUGCUGAGUUUUCAGAUGGAGAACCCAUUUUUGAGAAGAAAGGUGCAAGUUGCAAGGUUCUGAUAACCUGGGUACUCAAUUCUGGUUUCGUUCUUUUCUAACUCUCCUCCAGUCCUUCCCCUUUCCCUAUGGAAGAGAGUAACAGAAAUAAAUCUGAAAUCCUUUGCAACUGAAAAAUGUUAUCUCCUUUUCUCAUCCUCACCAGUCACAGCAGUCCAUACUAAUACUGACUGAAAACUGUUCCCAAGGAAAAUGCAGAUCAAUACCAAAUAGACAAUUGGAUCAAGGGAUGUGAAACUCCUUCACAAGUCCUUGUCAGAGAAUGAUACUAGUCCCAACAGUAACUUCAGUCUCUAAAAUAAGGAUUACUGUUUUCUCAUAAUUAACCAUGCUGCAUGGUCAGUAGUGCAUGAGAAUGACCAGAAGCAUCAGAUUCUCUCUCCCUUUAGACAGGCUGGCACCUGCUUAAGAAAAGAUCUCUUUAUGCAGGGGGAGAGCUUCAAGACUUAGGACUGUACCCCAAUGUCUGCCCCUAUGCAGAAGCAUGAAAACAGAAAGCUCAGCUUGAAGGUAAAAUUCAACCUAUGCACUUGUUCACCUCAUCAAGACAUAAGAAGGGAAAUGGAAAUAGCCUUAUUAAGCAAGACUACAAUCAAGACAUUGCAUAAAAAGAAAAGUUGUGCCUAGAGAGUUAAUCCCCCUACUUGUUCUGAUCUGUCAGUGAUUUGGUUCACCAUGAAAUAGUCAUCAACUCACUAUAUUUUUCCAGUCUUUUCAGUAAUGAAUUGAUGCAUUUUGUAUAUUAAAUUUAAGGAUUUACGAAGACAA